GGCUACUGUUAAAGAUGUUCGUUUGUCUCGUAAACUUGUCUCGCAUUCUGAGUGAAGGACUAGUGAAAAAAGCAGCGCGGUAGGUUCUCGGCGGAGAGUACAAUGCACUGGACAGAUAACAGACGUCCCUCCCUCUGAUGCAAAAUAGUUGAUAUUGUCAGCUCUCGCCUCGAUUCAGGAUAACCUCUCGGCCCAAUCGACGGCCCAGUGACAACUGUUGCCACGUUCGUGCUCGUCGAUCACCGAAACGUCGAAAGGAUGGCGUGUUUUUUAUUAAAUCAGGAAAAUAUGCACAUCGAAAUACCGUCGGUGGACACCGUCGACGGUGUCACAUAUUACUGCAUCGAGGUUAGGAUCUCUUCGAUCAAGUGGACCGUCAAGCACAGGUACAAUGAUUUUGUAGAGCUUCAUGACAAACUUGUCACCGAGAAUUUUGUUAAAAAGGAUAUAUUGCCACCAAAGAAACUUAUUGGGAAUAAAUGUGAAGCUUUUGUAGAGAAGCGUAGACUGAGCUUAGAAGUUUAUCUAAAUGAAGUGUACAACUAUUUGAAAAAAGCAAUGCCUAGGGAACUGGCUGUAUUUCUGGAUAUGCAUAUAUAUGAUAUAUUUUUCCUAAUACAGAGCAUGGCUUUAGAAUUUUUUACAGAGGGCAACAACUUAUUGCAAAAGUCUAAGACAUAUAAGUUCAAUCCAGUUCAGUUAUAUGCAAUCAGUGAAAGAUUGAAACAACCUUGUCCAUCAUUGGAAGUCCUUGACAAAAAGUACUACUUUAGUCAUGUCUUGGAUUUCAAUUCUCAUCUAACUGGCCUCAUAAUUGAAGGAAGCUUAGAGCCCUACAAAACCAGCAACAUAUACUCCUCAGCACUAUCCAUUGAACUAUCAAGUUUCAGAAAUAUAGAAGAGCUGACCAUUGAUCACUAUCCGGUAGAUAAGAUAUACCACAUGGGUAACCUCAGAGACACUGUAAAAUGUUUAAAAGUGAACAAUACAAAGCUCAGGAACAUCGUCGAACUAGCUAUGUGUGAGGAAGUGCACAAAAAUAUUGAGAAUGCUAACGAUUCUCACAUCUGGUUAAAAGUAACUCAUCUAGACCUCAGUGAUAAUCGAAUACAGACUAUAGACGAGGCAAUCAAACUGUUACCGCACAUAGAAUGCUUAACGUUGAACAAUAACCUGCUCUCUGAAAUCCCCAACGUCACUAAGCUACCUCGACUGUCCGAAUUAUACCUGGCGUCGAACAAUUUCACAACUCUGCCCGAUGAUUUGCAUACGAAACUCGGUUAUAUCGUGUACAUCGACCUGUCCCAGAACAAAUUAACGUCAUUGGCAAGUUUCUCAAAACUGUAUUCAUUGGAAGGUUUGGACGUGAGUUGCAAUCGCAUAGAGAAGAUCGAGGAGGUAAUGCACAUUGGUCAUCUUCCUUGUUUGGAGAAUUUGAGAUUAACAGGCAACCCUGUGUCGACGAUCGUUGAUUAUAGAGUAAAAGUAUUGGUACCAUUUGGGAAGAGAGCUGCAGAUAUUUGUUUGGAUAAUGAGACGCCUAAUCAAAAGGAAUUGGAUACUGUUUCUAUCCAUCAAGCACUGCGUAUCGCUAGAGAAGGGAAAUCACCCACGUUCACCGCUUCGGAUGCACCUCUAUUUUCAGCGGAAAUUCCUAGUUUAUAA